CUAAAAUUAACUGAUCAUUUAAAAACUCACCAACUAAAUUGCCGCCCCAACGAAUCAUUUGCCUAAAAUAGGCAUUGGAGAUGCAUGGCUUCCGCCCUUUGUAUUGUAUGUGAUUGCUCCACCUAAGUCCUCGUUGGCACAGUUGGCACAGUUGAUGACCACUUGACCAGCUCCUUUUUUUUUCCCUUGACCAAAAACUCUAAAAUAGAAUGCAAGAAAGGGACCAAAAAUAUGCACCUAAAUAAAUAUCCUUGUCGUUGAAGAAUCCAAUAAUUAAUAAUGACAAAGUAGUCAAUAACAAAUUAAUUAACACCACCAUCCCCUUAGGCAUCACCAACUGAAAGGUUCCAUGCCCCUUUUCAUUUGUUGACCAAUGUCAUUACAAUACAACAUCUUAACUCAACUCAUAUUUCAUCGCCUCAUUAAUUUCCCCACAGCCACACACACACUCACCAGAUUUCUAGGCACAAGAAACUCCAAUAGAAUGUCCACAUACAUAACAAGAGUUGAAGAAUUCAGACCCUUGUUCUCUUCCCUUUGUUGGGAAUCUAAUCAUUUUGUAUAAGGUGGUACAGGUUUUAACUUCUCAACCACUUCAUUACAUCAUUAAUUAUUAAGGAAUCUUCAUAGUAGUCUUCAUCUGUGUUAUAAGAAACUCUCUUGUAGGAAGAGGGAAGAGAAACAAAGUCUGCCAUAAUACUUGGUUAGGGAAUUAAGGAUUCUGAUUGAGUUUCAUUUCAUUAAUCAAAUCAGAAGAAAAGAAAGCGUAGUUUGUGCCUGUGGUGAGAAAACUUGUCCUUCCACUGAUGAUUAGUGCAUGAUAAAAGCUUCAAUGGGUUUGGUUCAUCCAUGGAUUUCCAUGAAAGCCGCCAUUGAAGGAUUCAGCGUUAAUAGAGACAGAAGAAGGCUUCUGGGGUGACAUUCAUGGGGCUCCAUAGAUGGUGGCAAGUUAAAUUGGUAACAUUGUCUUUGUUUUUGUCAUGUUUGGUAGGUGGCUCACAGUCUUAUUUUUACGACCGUGAAUCGUUAGAUGACUUUCUUCGCAAGCAAGCGAACAAAGAGACAGAAAGGCUUAGAAAAGGUGUGCUAUCCAAUGUUUCCCUUCCUUCUAACUUCACAGGAAUGGAAGUUUCAGUUGUUAGAUUGCGCAGUUUCUCUUUAUGGUCAAGAGGAAUGAAUUAUAGUUCCUUCAAUCUUCCACCGCGGAUUGUACUGCAGCCUAAUGCGAAGAGGAUAGCUAUUUUGUUUGAAAACUUGGGCAAUUGGUCUUCUAAUUAUUACAAUGUGCCUAACCACACAAUGGUGGCUUCAGUUUUUGGUGUUAUGGCUUAUAGUUCUUCAGAAACAGCAUUUGUAGAUGAGAAGAUUAACUUUACCACCCAUGGUGACCCUAUCAGAAUUCGGUUUCCUCAUGUUGAUCAACAUGGGGAAAAUGACACACCAAUUUGUGCCAAGUUUAGAGCUGGCGGGUUGGUGAAAUUCAAAAACAUGACUAAGCCAUAUGUAUGUGAAGUAUAUAGCCAAGGGCACUACACUCUUGUAGUUCCAUCUUUUCCUUCUCCAAAAGAACCUAAUACCCGGAGUCAUAGCAAGAGAUUUACCAAAUGGUGGGUGUUGGGAUUUGUAAUAGGUUUUACUGGGUUGGUCAUAUUGGUUUUAAUCUUGCUAGCUUUAGUUAAGGAGGCCAAGAAGAGAAGAAUAAGAAAAAUGGAGAAGAAUUCAGAAGGAGGUGAGCUUUUUGAUACAUUUUGGAUAGGAGAAUCUAAAUUGCCAUCAGCUUCAAUGCUUAGAACCCAACCAACCCUUGAGAAUUAAAAUUCCAUUCAUUAGUCGUUGGUGAUCCAAUUUUUCCCCCUUUCUCUCUUGUAGUAUUUGAUUUACUUCAUGCAAAUGAUUAUGAGUACACAGAUGUUGUUGGUUUUGAAUUUGGUCCUUAUCAACAUAACAAUUGUUCAGUACAGCUAAAAACAAAUUUAGCAUAUAUAUAUAUAAACUUAUAUAGUCAUCAUCAUAAA